AUGGCUCCUCUCGUUCGAGCCUUCGCUGCUUUCGCAGCCUCAGCCUUCCUGGCCCAGGUCACCGCGACCACCAUCGAGCUGCCACCAUGCCUUGAUGAUUUCCAGCCCUUCGCCUACUCUGGCUGCUUCCAAGAAAAGGGAACCCUGGGGGAGCCUGUCCUCGACUUCCGCUCUUCAUCUAACCAGUCUGAGAACACCGUUGAGAAGUGUGUUGCCGAUUGCAAAGGCAACAGUUACCGCUAUGCCGGUCUGACGUACUACGGUGUUUGCUACUGCGGCCAGACUGUCAACAGCCCCUCUCUUCCCGAGGCAAGCUGCAACAUGCCAUGCACUGCCAACAGUAGCGAGACAUGUGGUGGCGAUGGUGCUUUCUCCAUCUGGCAAGAUACUACGUUCCCUUCCUCCACUGGCGUCACUAUCAACGAUUACGAAUCCAUCGGCUGCUACACCGACGACACCGACCAUGGCCGCACCAUUGCCGAGCGCCAAGACCAGGUUGCCUUUGACACCAUGACUCCUUCUUCAUGCUUGCAGGCUUGCGCCGACGACGGCUACCCCUUUGCCGGUCUUGAGUACGGCGGCGAGUGCUACUGCGGCGUGGUCAUGGGCAACUACACCAAGCCUGCUGCCAAAGAGGAGUGCAACACUCUCUGCAAUGGAGACAAGACCAAGACUUGCGGUGGAGCCGCCCGUGUCGAGAUCUUUGUCGCCAACAAGCUCAGAUCUCUUGAGCCAUGUGGCUACAAGCCUCCCGUCAACUCGGUCUCUUCUUCCAUUAGCAUCAUCAGCACCACCCCUCUCCCCCCCGUCAGCAUCCCCAGCACUACCAACGUGGUCCCUACGACCAUCUCCAGCCAGGCUCCUGUUCCGACCACGACCCAGCCUGUCCCCACGACCAUCUCCAGCCAGGCUCCUGUUCCGACCACGACCCAGCCUGUCCCCACGACCAUCUCCAGCCAGGCUCCUGUUCCGACCACGACCCAGCCUGUCCCCACGACCAUCUCCAGCCAGGCUCCUGUUCCGACCACGACCAAGCCUGUCACCACGACCCAGCCUGCAACCACGACCAAGCCUGUUACUACCUCUAAGCCCGCCGUGACCACCACCGCUCCUGCGGUCUGCACCACCACUAUCGUGACCCCCCCUACUUGCGAGUACGGUUGCGGCAACUGGUGCAACAAGAACCUUCCUGACUUCGACGAUGCCGACAGUUGCACCAAGGCCUCCAACAGCUGCAAGCUCCAGGUCAGCGCCUGCUUGGGCUCCGGAUGGCCCGGCUCUGCUGGCUGCAUGGACUUCAAGGCCUGGUGCAACGACAUCGGUAGCUACUGCACCAACAGCUGCAAGGGCAAGGGUUCCUGCUCCAAGAAGGACUGCUUCGUCAAGAAGGCCCCCAAGGGAUACAAGCCGGGCACCACCUCCGUCUCUACCUUUCCCUGCCCCUCCAAGCCUACCUCGACGGUCUCCGCUGCCCCCACUGUUGUCCCUCCUCCUCCUACCGGUCUUUGCAAACAGCCCAGCAGCUUUUGGUACGGAUACGGACCUGGCAAACCCGUUGGCGGCAUUGAGAUACCCUUCGUCACCUGCAACGACAUUGCCGCCGACUUCAAGGCCGGAAACAAGUUUAAGCUUUACACCAAGUCCGACUCUCGCUCGUGCAAGUCCUUUGGAUCCAACAAUGUUCCCAACGCUUGCCAAGAGGCCUGCCAGGAGCAGUACAAUCAGUGCCAGAACACUUACGCCCAGGGCUGCAAGGCCUACAACAACCGCCGUGGCCGCCGCGAUGAUGCUGUUGUGUACGCCCGUGCUCCCGAGUUCGCCAAGCGCUGGUUCUUCUCGGAUUCUUACAGUGUUGCCAUCAACAAGUGCAAGAUUCAGUACAACGACUGCCUUUCUGAGAACCGUGUCUCGUUUGCUGCCAACAAGUGCGGCAGCUUCGGCACUGGCUACUAA